CCGGCACCCAAUACGGGUCCGCAUCAUCAUCAUCAUCUCGUCAACAAAACAGAAAAACAUUAAGUGGGUGAGUCAGACAUCGCAUCGUUACGUUCCAGGUUCCCUAAAUUAUCCAUGUCACUGCCUCACCAUGAUACGCAUACUCCUGGGGGGCUAUAUAUCAGCGCCCGCUUUCUAACCUGGGGCUUCCAUCUUCUCCCCUGACUCUGCGAACUCCCAUCCCAGACCUAUCAUCAGUAUAUUAUUAUACCAACUCCCUGCCCUAUCUUUAUAUAAAAUGUCUGCCCAUACGCCACAGACAUCCAUCCACCUCCCCUUGGAGAUUCAAGAGAGGGUGAGCCGGUCAUUCUGUGCUGCUGCCUCUCGUGCCCUCUUCACUACCUGCACUGUCUACAUCAAAGACAGCACAAAUAACAGUCCCUUUUCCGACCUGAACGUCCUCCACCAAAGCAACCUCGGUCGAUAUAUACGCACCUUAAUCAUCGAAUGUCGUCCUCCCUGGGACCACAUCCUAACCAAUCCCGACAUCAUCCAACAAUGGAUCAACCUUCUCUCCACCUCCCUCCCCGGCCUCGUCCGCCUCCGCCGCCUGGAAUACCAAACAAUAAAGAACGGCACCCCAGACCAAGAGAACCUCUCCCGCCACUUCGCCAACCUCCUCGUCCACUGUUUGAAUACUACCCACGCCCCUCCCUCCCUCCAAGAAAUCGACUUCCAACAUAACUCACCCCAAUUCUACGACGGUGACAACGAUACCCUAUAUCCAGCCACAGCACAGCAUAUCCCUCACCCCGUGAUAGCCCGCCUCCGCCACAUCCAACUCUCAUACACCUCCUCAGCAUCGUCUCUCGUCGAGCGCGAGCCAACCGCGAUCUUCAGCCUUCUGAGACACGCCCGACGUCUUGUCUCCGUCGAGCUAUCUGGCCAAAUCGACGGCAGAACCAUGGCUGCCAAGUCAUGUCCAUCUCUCAUCCAUCCAGAUGCGCCGUUGCGGUCUUUCACUCUCGAGAAUGUCUCGGUGAGUGCGAAGAGGCUGCGCGGGCUAAGACACUUCAAUAAGACCCUACGACAUGUAGCAUUCCGUGGAGUAUCGUUAGCUGCUGGGACGUGGGAGGAUGUGCUGUCCGAGCUGGGGCAGUUGGAGGGGCUAGUUCUUCUAGAGGUGGAAAUGUGCGGUUACGAGAUGACAGCUAAGACGGAGACGGUGGCGGCGGUUGUUGGGGGUUUGCUGCCUAGUCCUGAGAUCGCGACCUCACGGUGUGCGGAUCUUACGGCGUUGGAGUUGUGCGUUGCUGCGGUUAAGCGGCAUAGGAAUAUGAUCGGGUAUGAAGCGAUUUCACAGGUUGUGGAUCCCUUUGGAAGAGAUAUCAUUGUCUGUUAGAUUCUUGACACUUCUUAUCUCAUUUGGAUACUGUGUGUUUUCGUAUCUGUGAGGGUGCAUUUAUGAGUCUUUUUUUUGGUUAAAUGGUUGUUCUCGUCUCGUUACCUUCCUAUCCCCCAAAGGCCUGUCUGCCUCUUUGUGAUGAUUCAUUUCAUCCAUCUUCGUCAUCGUCAAACACAAUGAAGACCGUCCCGGAUAAUGAUAACGCCUUUGACUGAAUCGCACGGGCACGGACAUAGCAAGCUCAUGCUCAUAUAUACUCGAACACAGUCGUGAGCAGGUGCUUUUAAAGAAGGG